UCUGCCUGGCCCGUCCCCUCCAGCCCAGCCCGGGUUCCAGGUCCAGUGCCGGCGCUUCAGCUCCGACCGCGCGCCCUACCCCGGCAAGGUCUACCCUCUGCAGAGAUCCAAGCACCGGAAGUAUUACUACGACGCUCUCUUUGUGGCCAUCCUUAAGAAAAACAGAAAGAUGGCCAAGGAGAGGGGCCUAAUAAGCCCCAGUGAUUUUGCCCAGUUGCAAAAAUACAUGGAAUACUCUACCAAAAAAGUCAGUGAUGUCCUAAAGCUCUUCGAGGAUGGUGAGAUGGCUAAAUAUCUCCAAGGAGAUGCUGUCGGGUAUGAAGGAUUCCAGCAAUUCCUGAAAAUCUAUCUGGAAGUGGAUAAUAUUCCCAGUCACCUAAGCCGGGCACUGUUUCAAUCCUUCCAGACUGAUCAUUCAGAUGAGACUGUGAGAAAAGAUGUGGUGUGUCUUAGUGAUGUCUCCUGCUACUUUUCCCUUCUGGAGGGUGGCCGACCAGAAGACAAGCUAGAAUUCACCUUCAAGCUGUACGACACGGACAGAAAUGGGAUCCUCGACAGCUCAGAAGUGGACAAAAUCAUCCUACAAAUGAUGCGAGUGGCUGAAUACAUGGAUUGGGAUGUAUCUGAGCUGAAGCCGAUUCUUCAGGAGAUGAUGAAAGAAAUUGACUAUGAUGGCAGCGGCUCUGUCUCCCUAGCUGAGUGGGUCCGGGCUGGGGCCACCACCGUACCACUGCUAGUGCUGUUGGGCCUGGAAAUGACUCUGAAGGAUGAUGGGCAGCACAUGUGGAGACCCAAGAGGUUCCCCAGACCAGUCUACUGCAACCUGUGCGAGUCAAGCAUUGGUCUUGGCAAACAGGGGCUAAGCUGUAACCUCUGUAAGUACACUGUUCACGACCAGUGUGCCAUGAAGGCCAUGCCUUGUGAAGUCAGCACCUAUGCCAAGUCUCGGAAGGACAUUGGUGUUCAAUCACAUGUGUGGGUUCGAGGAGGCUGUGAGUCCGGCCGCUGCGAUCGCUGUCAGAAAAAAAUCCGGACCUACCACAGCCUAACCGGGUUGCAUUGUGUAUGGUGCCACCUAGAGAUCCACGAUGACUGCUUGAAAGCCAUGGGCCAUGAGUGCGACUGUGGGCUGCUCCGUGAUCACAUCCUGCCUCCGUCUUCAAUCUAUCCCAGCGUCCUGGCCUCUGGACAGGAUCGUAAAACUAGCAAAUCAAAUCAGAAGACCAUGGAUGAUUUAAAUUUGAGCACCUCUGAGGCUCUGCGGAUUGACCCUGUUCCUAACACCCACCCACUUCUAGUCUUCGUCAAUCCUAAGAGUGGCGGGAAGCAGGGGCAGAGGGUGCUUUGGAAAUUCCAGUAUAUACUAAACCCUCGACAAGUGUUUAACCUCCAAAAGGAUGCUCCUGAGCCAGGGCUCAAAUUCUUCAAAGAUGUUCCUGAUAGUCGGAUUUUGGUGUGUGGUGGAGAUGGCACAGUAGGCUGGAUUCUAGAGGCAAUUGACAAAGCCAGCUUGCCUUUUGUGCCUCCUGUUGCUGUGUUGCCCCUGGGCACUGGAAAUGAUCUGGCUCGUUGCCUAAGAUGGGGAGGAG